CUCGUGUUCGACAUGGCGUACGACGCGAGCGCGACGCGCGCGGAGAUCGGCGCGUUGACCCGUCAAGUCUCCAUGUGCGUCGCCGCGAAUAAGCGCGCGAAGACGCCGUUCCUGCUCGCCGUCGCCGCGCCUCCGGGAAACAACGACGACGAGCUCCCCCCCGCGUCGAACUCGUGGCGCGCGCUGCCGUGGGAGAGCUGGGGCGCGCGCGUCGUCGACCUGGACGACGAAAACGAAAACGAAAACUCUGCGGCAGCGUCGUUGACCGCCGACGCGAGGCGCGUCGUCUACCUCACCGCGGACUCGCCGAACGUCCUGACGGACGUCGCCCCCGGGACCGCGCUCGUGCUCGGCGGCGUCGUCGACCACGCGGAAAAACCCGGGAUGUCGCUGAGAAGGGCA